GAAAAAAGUAAACUCCGUGUUAAACGCAUCGCAUCGCCUACUUCGCUCCGAAACUCCGAAAACAUGGCCGUCUGGGAAGGAAAGAAAUACAAAAUGGAAAAGUCGGAGGGAUUCGACGAUUACAUGAAAGCAUUGGGUGUUGGCAUGGUGCUGCGCAAGCUUGGCAACAGCAUCUCGCCGACGGUGGAGCUUCUGAAGAACGGCGAUGAGUACACGUUCAACACGCUGUCCACCUUCAAGAAUACCACGAUCAAGUUUAAGCUUGGCGAGGAAUUCGACGAGGAGACCGUCGACGGGCGCAUGGUCAAGUCCGUCUGCACCUUCGAUGGCAACAAGCUGAUCCACGAGCAGAAGGGCGACAAACCGACAACCAUCGUGCGCGAGUUUACCGGCACCGACUUGACUGCCACCAUGACCGCCGGCAACGCCAAGUGUGUCCGAUACUACAAAGUGGCGGCCUAAAGCACGGGCACCUGAGAGCAGUGGUUUUGAACAUCACAACUGACCGUUUUUGGUGGCGCGCGGUGGAUCUGCUACACGCGAACCGUCGGAGAGGUCCGCUGCCGGACGGUCGAUUGCGCCACACCAGUUCCCGCACACGAACAACUAUGCUUUAUACCGUCGCGACACAACACGCAUUACAUUUCCAGCAUCAUAAGCGCAUUUAUUAAAUACCCAUCGUAACAGGGUAGAGCAAUUCCACAAAAGUACGAACAACAUCACAAGAAGACGACAUGCUCUUCUCUCGGCGUGUACGAGAAAACACGAACCAAUAACGAUAAUAUGUUAUAUUUCGGAUGAAAUGUUAUGAUUUAAUCAUAAUUUUUUUUCUAUUGUUUUGUUGCAAAAAACGAUAAAAUAAAGACCAAGCGUAAACGA